AUGUACAUUAUUCCCUUUCUUUUCAUACUACUGUUAUCCUCCUGUUGCGAAGGUGGCUGGGUCUUCCAAGACAACAAGAAGAAUGCAUGCAGCGAUGGAUAUAAGCGCUCCAUAAUAUUCCCCUUUACCGGGUUCAAAAUAGACCGAGUAUAUAAAUGGACGGGUCUUUUCCCGCCAACCAAUAGUGCCUUUAUAUCUAUCACUCAUUGUGUGGAAGGGAAGGUGGACUACGAGAAGUAUUUCCCCAUAGACGACGAGGAAGGUAACCAUUUCUGGAGGCAAGCAUUCUGUGUACUACAAGCACCACCAAAAGAUCCCUUAAACUACCGAACAGCCGACACGGUUAAGAACAUCGAACUCAGUGGGAAAAUAAGUGCCUCCAACAUUGAAUACAAACAAGAGACUUCGUUGUUGGUCAAAGUUGGCAAUCUCUUACGGAAAAAGGUGGAUGGAGUAUUGGAGAAAACGUUUCAACUGGGGUUCAUCAAUUAUUCCGGUAAGAAGCUGUCGGAUCAUUUUGAAGAUAUUCUUUCCUCCACGCCUGAAGCUUCGUUGGCUUGGGCUUUAAGAGAUUUGGCUUGUUAUAAGUUUGCCCGAAGGAAGAGAUACGCCGAACGAGAUCUACAAUUUUAUAUUCCCUCCACGUUUGUUGGAGGAAUGUACCAAUAUUCCGUUCCGGAUAAAAGUCUAAAGAACCACGUAGAUAAUAACGCUUUCAUUCCAGACAUAAAGUCCUUGGCCAUGCCCUUAGAUAUUCCGCUUACAGACAAAAGUUUGCUCGUCCCCAUAGGUCCAGUCAUCGCACAAGACAUUACGUCGCAGUCGGUCACAUAUAACAUCAACCCUUUUGUUGGACCCAUUGCGUUGACCCACAGAGUUCCGUAUCUUGCCACUGCCACACCAUGGGACUUACGGUUCAGGUUAUCGGAUACUCCAGACGUUUACAAGCGGAAGUGGGCCGCAUUAAUUGAUGUGUUUGAAGAGUAUAGUUUUUCCGAAGCCGACGCCAAUAUCGUCGCCCUGGCACUAAGUGCUUCGGCCAAUUGGUUCCACCAAAUCACCAACCCGCUUGAAAUGGAAAAACUCAUAGCCAACAAUAAGGCACAGAUUGCAAAGCUUCACUUGAAGAAAGACAUGAUCAUUGAAAUGGCUGGAAGAAUGUCGCUUUUCCAGAAAGGUGCGGUUCUAUUAGGUGGAUGGAACCGUACGACUUCAACGGCGACAUUACACCAUCUUCAAAGGCCUUGGGACCAACUACAAGACAAAGACUAA